UUCCAGCAGUCUGUCGAGAAGAAGGAGUGGCCGAGCGAGGGAAUGAGAAAGUGAAAAGACGUGUUGAUUCAGUCACACCUGACAGCUCUCUGUGCGCACAAAACAGGAACAAAACAGUGUUACAAACCAACACAAUCGAGAGAGAAGAGCAGACCGAGGAAAAAAACAUGAGGGACACGGCAAAGAAAGGAAACGGAGAGAAGAGGACUGUGGAUGUUUCUGGAAGCAAAAGUGAUGAUGACGGAUCAUUUCCUGUGAAGAUUCAGGGUGCAGGUGUCGACGCUUUUGAGCUGCAGGUGAAUGGAUUCUGGCUGGUCCAGGACACCAUAAUGAGCGUGCUGGGCAGAGAGGAGGUAGCACCGCGCACGUCCCUCACUCUGGCCCUUUCAGGCGUGACCCUUGACCUCCUGGCGGAGCUCCGGGAUGUCAAAGGAUUCAAAGCUGGAGUUACUCUCCGUCUAGUGGAAGAGCCGUACUCGCACCGAUCGGCACAGGCUCACCUGGCACGUGUGCAAGAGAUGCUGAGAGCCGCCGGACCCCAAGACUGCUUGAUGGAGGGCCGAUCGCCCAGUGUGCUUCACACGCUCACCCAGACACCUGAAGCCCCUCCCACUCCCCACUCAUCCAAAAACAGACGAGCCAACAGUAAAGCAGAGCAGUCAGCCGAAGCCCCACCUCCACCUGCCUACAUCCAACCAGGAGCUUUGGAACGUCCCCCUUUGACAACGCUGCUGCCUAACAACACACACAGCGAACAUUCCAGUUACCUGUUAGACCUGUCACUCAGCUGUUGGAACACGCCCCCUGGGUUUAGAAAACUGCAGGGCGACUUUAUGUACAUCAGUGUUCACACGCUGGAGGGCAAACAGUGUGACAUCACUUCCUGUCCGCGUGGAUUUUACGUCAACAGAUCGACUCUUGACUUGUUUGACCCUCGUCCCGCUUCAUCCACUCCAGUGUGUCACUGUCUGACCGAUCUGCUGUCUCACCUCAGCCCACAGUUCAAACACAACCUCAGUGCACUGAAACACAGGCCGUCGCUUCCGGCAGAGGAGACCCUGUCCACUCCGGACCGCACGCUCAGCUGGUUGGGCAUCUCUUCGAUUCAUUCACAUAAGUCCAGUUUCAGCGGCCGGCUGGGUUUGGAUCAGGAGCUUAACACACAGGCCCCAGACUGGAACAAAGAGAUCCAAGCAGCCAGAGAUCUUCCUCAGAGAAGUUUAGAGGAGAGACUUCAGAGAGACAGAGCCUUACUACAGGUCAACUCUGCUUUCGUGAGCGCUGUUACUCAGGCUGCCGAGAAAGUCAUCGACGGUUUGGUCGAUCCGCUCAACGAUUCCCGCGAGGAACCCGCUUUCUUAUGGGGCGGCGUGUUCAUGAGCGUGCCGGCUCACGGUGAGGAGUGGCUGGGCGGAGAGCGAGGUCACAGGGCCGCUCAGCGUCUGGAACUGCGAGGGGUUCAGGGUUACAGCGACCUGGAAGGAGACCUCCAAAACCUGCACACCAUCCCCACAGCGCUGGCCGACUACCGCGGCGUCCGGCUGUCCGCGCAGGCCCUGGCACCCGGCCUCCAGGGCCCCGAGCAGGCUGAAGUUCCCAACGGGCUGUUGUACGGAUUCAGCGUGGGUCCUCUGGAAAAUCCAGCCAGACGGAAACUCCUAGAACUGCUGGCUCAUUCGGCGAAGGCUCUCGCUCUGCAAAGACACGCGGUCCUGGGAACGACUGGGCAUCAGCUGCCCCUCUUCACUUCUGUGGAUGCCCAGGGAAUUCUGGGGGCCGAUGGUCGGUAUUACCUGCUGGAUGUGUACCGGACCAUGCCUGCUGAUACCAACUUUUUGGUGGAGGACGGUGACGGAGUAGUAACAGAGCAGGAGGCGGCGGCAGGUGAUGGAUUUCCGAGGCGGUACCCUCACGCUUUGUGUCGUUUACGACCGGAGCUGGUGAAAGCCUUCAUUCAACACAAACACGAUCAGUUCUCGGCGUGCGUGAAAGCUCUCAUGGAGGAGAGCGGAGGAGUUGAGGAGUGCAUGAAUGCCUGUGUCUCUCGCAGCACAGACGCGGUACGAGGUGCGUGCAAAGAUGUGGGAUCCGUCAGCGACAUCAUCUUCGAGAUGCGUUUCAACCCUAAUGUCUUCUCACCAGGUGUGCAGUUUCCGGAUUCCGAGCGUGACGCGGUGGCGCUCCAGAAGAGAUUACUGAAGGAGUCCGCGUCUUUUAUCUUCAAGGAGCAGAUACCGGCGUUUAUGAACGAUUGUAUUCAAGGCCCUGACGUACCCAUGGACGGUGCAACUUUACGACAAGCCCUCCAUCAGAAAGGAAUAAAUCUGCGAUAUCUCGGACAAGUGAUAUUGUCCAUCAGCCAAUCAGAUCUCAAGGAUCAACUGAGACACAUCACGAGGUUGGUCUUCACAGAGAUUGUAGUACGCUGUGCACAAAGGUUAUUCAAUGGCUACAUUCAGGGGGUGGAGACGUCUAACAUGUCUGCAGCCGUGAGUCAUUUCCUCUGCUGCUUAUUGGUGCCUCACUUCAGUUCAACAUCAAAUGGGGAGGAGUCUAAGAAGCGCUCCAGGAGGCGUGGCCGUGGAGGGGGAGGGGCUACGGAUAGCACCUCUUGGAGUACGCUGAGCGGCAACGAACUGUGGAGUCUCAUAUGUCAGGAUGCUCAAGAAACCUACAGACUUAAAGAAGGACUAGGGUCAAAUGUGGACAAUCUAGUCGAGCAAUACGGAUUGCAGAAGAUAUCCUUGUUGAGAGAGAUGUGCUUGAAGACUGGCAUUCAGCUCCGUCUCAAAGAGUACACGUUCGACAACCGUAACAAGCCGCCCAUCUCCCCCGACGAUGUGCUCAACAUCCUGCCCGUCAUCAAGCACGUAACCAUGACGACCGCCGAUGCCACCAAGAAGUUCCAGGCAGCACAGAGCAGCCUUCAGAAAGGGUUACUGGAGCAGGCGUACGAGAAACUUAAAGAAGCUUCAUAUCUGUUUGGUCGUGUGUGUGAUGAUCUGCACUCUGAGGCCUGUCACUGUCUGAGUCUCCUGGCAAAAGUGGCGUACUUACAGGGCCGUCCCGCUGAGGCUCGUAGCGUGCAGCUCAGGGUCGUGGUCAUCAGUGAAAGGGUUCUAGGAUUCGAUCAUCCCAACACCAUUCGGCAAUACGUGCUGUUGGCCGUGUAUCUGUUCGCCGGAGGUGAAGCGGCUCUCGCUCAGCGCUGUCUGUAUCGUGCCAAAGUUCUUCUGUUGACGGUUCACGGCGGAGAUCAUCCUUACACCGCAGUCAUUGAUGCGUCUCUUGGACUGAUUCUUCAGGGGGAGCAGUCGCUACAAUACCUCCAGAGUGCACUGAAAAUCACCAGCUCGUUCAGAGGAGACGCAGACCUUACGGCAGCUCUCAUUCUCCAUCUGCUGGCACAGAGACUCUGUGUGUCUGGUGACUACAGAGGAGGUAUGAACCUUGAGAAACAGGCUCACAGCAUCUUCCAGAAUAAGUGGGGUGAAGAUCAUCCCCAAACUAAAUGCAGCUCAGAGUUCCUGAAGAACAUUACCCAGCAGGCUGUGCGCGUGGAGCGGUCCAUUCGUCAGGGGGGCGUGGAGCUUUGUGAUGCACCGCCUGAGAGUUUGACUCCGUCUCUGGACACCACACUGGAACAGCUCGCUCUGGUCAAUGGCAUACUCAAGACGUCAUACAGCACAAGGAUAAUGGAGUUCAAAGAAAAGCUUAAAGAGAAAAAAGCAGCAGAAGAGGCUGAAAAGGCGAAAUCACAGUCGACCAAUGAGAAAGAAGCUUCAGGGCUGCAGGCCAACGACGGAGAGGCGACUGGGGCUGAGAAGACCAAUGGGGAACAGGCGCAAGAGGCCACCGAAGAAAAUGCAGAAAGUGAACGUGGCGAGACUGAUGGUGUAGAGAAGUCUGACCAAAUCAAUGUCAACGGUGACAUUGACUCCCAUCAGCAUAACGGAGAUUGUCCGACAAACAACGGGGAAGAGGAAUGCCAAUCAGACAUCACCAAUGGUGUCUCGACUGAGAGCCAAUCAAAAUUGACAAAUAUUAUGAUGUCAGCCGUGGUAAAUGGAAACGAGAGUGAUGUGAGCGAAGGCUCAGGUGAUGUGAAGAAACGGGUUGAAACCGAGUGAGACGUUCUGUGAGAUUUUACAAGUAUUUGAAUGCAUUUUUACAACUAACACACGUGUGCAGUGAACAUUUUUUCUUUGAGUAUAUUUUCUUUCUGUUUUGAAUUGAAUAAAAUGUCUUCACUAGA